AUGACCGAAAUCCAAGCUCCCCCCAAAACCGCGCGAGUGCGCCCCCAACCCCAAUCGCAAAGCCACGCACCCUCAACACUCUUCACAAUCGACACCUGCCUCAGCAUCCUCCAAAAAUCCCUCCUCAACCCCUUCAUCGCAUGGAUCCUGGUCCUCUGUCUCCGCGCCCAGGUCACGCCGCUGUCACAUCCAUCCUGGAUCCUGACAGUCACCUACGCAAGCUCUCUGACUGUGCUGUGGGUGCUGCGAACCAUCAACCAGCGCGUCGCGGAUGGGGUGCCGCGCGCCGUGGAUUUCGAAAAUGAGGUUGUGGUUGUGACUGGGGGCGCGAGUGGAUUGGGCUUGUUGAUUGCGCAGAAUUAUGGGAUGCGCGGGGCUAGUGUUGCGGUUCUUGAUGUGAGGGAGUUGGGGGAGGAGGGUGUGGAGGAGGUUUUUGGGGUUGGGGUUUUGUAUAUUCGGUGUGAUGUUGGGGAUAGGGGAGAGGUUGAGGGCGCGAAGGGGAGGAUUAUUGAUGAGCUGGGGACGCCGACGAUUGUGAUCAACUGUGCCGCUGCCAGGAUCAAUGGCCUGCCAUUGCUGGAUUUACCGGCGGAGGCGUUUGAAAAGACGAUCCGCACUAAUCUCCUGGCGGCGUUCCAUCUCUACCAAGUGUUCCUGCCUGGUAUCCAGACAUCGGAAACUGGAGGCACACUUGUCACGGUCAGCUCGGUGCUCGGUCAAUUGACGGCUGCGGGACUAUCGGACUAUGCAGCAAGCAAAGCAGGACUCAGCGCGCUGCAUAGGACGAUCGAGGCAGAGAACCGCGGCAAUCUGCUGGUCAAGACAUUGCUAGUGGAGAUAGGGCAGAUGUCAACACCGCUAUUUGGCUGGGUCCGCGCACCGAAUCAUUUCUUUGCGCCUGUUUUGGAACCCGUUCAAGUUGUCCGCGAGAUGGUGGCUGCGAUUGAUAGCGGUCGAGGUGGUGUAAUCAGAUUGCCUUUGUAUGCGACGUUUGUGGAUUGGUAUGCCGUGCUACCAGCUGCGCUGCAGCGGAUUGCGAGGUAUCUGAGUGGAAUUGAUGCCGCCGUGACUCAAAGCCGGGAGACAUCUCGGAAGACAGAUUGA